AUAUGCAAUAUAGCCGCCAUGGUCUCGAACGUCGUUGAUUAGUUGGACGAUCGACAAGGGGGGUCAAGGUAUUUAAUGAAGGUUGCGAUUGCUCAUUGCUGAUGAUUGCUGACAGUGCACGUUAACUAUUCGCGUCUCAGCACCAUUAAAUUUGGAAUAACGAAAUUCGUGUUUGGCCGCCACGUACUUCCGGGACGUCGGACGUUCUUUUCGCCUCCAUUUUAUCUUCAUCUUUUUUUGUACAUAAAAGUAAUCUUGCACGCCACGAGAAUCUACGACCAGACACAUAUAUCCAUUCCCCUUCUUUCCACCUGUGGCUAUAGUUUGUCAAAAGGGUACGUCACAUUCCUUUUUUCCUGAUCGUAUCCUCCGUGUAACUUAAUUUUAAGUCUUAAGGAGUGAUUCGCGAGCGCGUUUCGUUAAGAGACGAUGACAAUAUAAAUUCCACUCUCCGCUGCCGGGUAAGUUUGAAUGAUGGCGAGCGAUUUAUCGAGCGGAUGCACGGAGACGAUAGACAUCCUAGAUGACGAGAAAGAGGAAGGCGAGAUCUCGUUGGAGGAUGUCAGUUCAUCCGAGGAGGGUGGCAUGGGCCACCUGACCAGCAGCUACGUCGUCCAGGGCAAGACACGCGCGUGUCCUGAGUGCAAAUCCUGGGGCGAGUGCGCAACUUGGUGCAAUGCGAUGUAUCGUCUCAAAAGUCAGAGCAGAAGAGAUCCAGUCAAAGGGAAGGAAAACCGACACCAUGUCAGGGAAACGGGAUGCGUCGCGACAAAGCACACGGCAUCGAAGUUGCAAGAGAAAAACGACGACCUAGUGCCCAUCUCUAGCGACAGCGACAUGGAGAUCGUCGGUCUCACAGACACGUCCAAUCGCUCGAAAGCCAAAGUGAAAAAGAAAAAGAAGAAGAAAAAGGAUUACGAACCCCUCACUAUCGACGACUUGAUCUCUCCGUCCUCCGUCGAUUUGCCUAUAGCAGACUUCAGCGCGUUGAAAAUAUAUAGAGAAGUAAAUUCAGUUCGCAGACCGAGCGGCCGUUCGAAGGUGAUCUCAAGAUCACCGAUCCGAAGAUACAAGUCGCCGCUAGUAGCACGACCGUCCCUUCGAUCGUCCCGGUCUCCGCUGAAUCAUUCCAGAUCACCGAUACUGAAGAAAUCCCCGCGAAAGAUCAAAUCACCGAAACGUAGUCCCCGGCGUCACUCGCCCGUGAGAGCGGCGAAGAGAUCGUUGAAAUCGAGUUCGCCGUCGUCCACUCGUUCCUACAUCGACAGGCAUGGCGAAGUGACGCGAUUGUUGAAGAAGGUGAAACGUCUAGAUUCUAUAGGCGCACACGCGUCGGAGCCGAGCAUCAAUCGAACUAAAGAAUCGUCAUCGCUGAAGGACAAACUGUCGAACAUGCUGAAGAAAGUCAACAGCGACGACCACGUGAUACAUUUAAAGAGAAAAUCGAAAGUUCGAUCCGAAACAAACGUCAACGAUGCCGACGAUGAGGACGAUUUGGCGUUACUGCGACAAAAGGCAUUAGAAACAAAACAGAACAAGUCCAAUAAAUCCUCGGACCAGCCGGCAGAAACGGAAAAGAGAUUGGCUGUGAACGAUGAUCAGGACGAGGAGGUCUUGCAGCUGCGCAUGAACGCGCUUCGUUCGGCGGUCAUGAAGAAGCAUCAGAAUCGUGUUCGACGCGGUAUUAAAGCUAAGAGGCCCACUCGCAGUGAGAGUCCGUUUACUACGAGCUUUCUCGAUGACAUACCUGUACCCAAUGACGAGCGGUUAGACGUGUCGUCGCCGUAUAGCCCAUCGCAUGACAGCAAUCUCAUCGAAGACAUGGACCUGGAUACCGAUGUCGAGAGAGAGAAAGAGAAACUACCGUACUCGCCAACCGAUAAGAUCACCGAGAAUGUUCCUAUCGAUACAGCUUUGCUUGGUCUCGAGCCAUCCGAUGUGUCGUUUAUUAAUGUAAACGAUGCGAUUGGUAGCCCAGUCUUCGACGACGGUGUGACGGACGAACUCGCAUCGAACACGUCCUACUACGAUGAUACUUACUUGUCUUACCAGGCGUUACCAGAUACGCCGAAGUGCUAUGCGUAUUCUCCAUCGCAGUACGGCAGCGAGACAUUCCAUUUGGAUUUAAACGACGCGAUGGGAAAAGCUCUCGAAAAUCCUCACGGCGAUGAUAUUGUCUGUGAUCUGAUAGAUGGAAUUUGCUGUCGAAAAGAAACUUAUUCUUCGACGGCCGUCGUGCCGGACACGUCACAUGCUCUUCCAGGAUCUAAAGAUCUCCCAUCUCCUGUUUCUCUCCAUGAUACUUUUGUUCCUUCGCUUGAAGCGCAGCAGACGAUGGAGCAAUCUUCCAACGACGCAAUUGUAAACACGGACUCCACGUUUAGAAAUGAUGAGUCCGCUUACGAAACGCAAAGAGAUCCCGGAUAUUCCAUUGCAGAUGUUCCAACAGCAAUGGCAUACGCUAGAGGAUACGCCAAAUCAUUAUCGCCUAGCGAGUCGAUAACGAUCGACGAUCCAAAGAAUAAUGCGUUAAGCUGUCCCAUUAAUGAUAAUAGAAAUUUACUGGACACAGACUACAUUCCAAAGGAAGCGAUAUCGUGUCAAGUCACGGAGGAAACGUUGCGAGAACCUCUGUAUAUGCAAGAUGUUUCAGACGUUACUAAGGAUGAAAAUAAAAUACCUACGUUGAUCAAUAGGACGCUAGUACCCGUGCCAAUCUUGAAGUCAAACAAGCAGCUGCGACAACAUUUGAAGAGGAAGCUCGAAAUGUCGCAUCCAGAGCCAACUUUCAAAAGUGCCGAGAUGCAGCCAGUGGUUGUUAUCGCUGCGGAUACGAGUAGCAAUAUCUUCAAACCGAUAAAAUUACAAGUAGCGAAAAAAUCCGCGCCCGUGUUAUCAGCGGCUGCUACAUUUGACACUUCGACGAACGAAUCUUUAAAUAAUUAUGAGGAUCAAAGAGAGUUGCUCGAAAAGAAUCACGAGACAAAUGAAUCGGAGCAUUCUGAUGUCUCUGCUACACCGUCCGUGAGUAGUGAGGCUUCUCUUGCACGGAGCAAAAAGCGGAAAAGCGUCAAAAAGAACUGGCGCAAGAGUAUAGACACUAGAUUGCUUGAAAAUGAAAAGAAUCUGUGUUCGAUUAUUGACAUGAAUAGAGAUGCAAAUAUUGUGGAUGCAUCUACUCUAAAUCGGGAGACUGCAACCAAACCUGAUCGGAGUAAGAGCAACGAUAACAUUAAUGCGCAGAAAAAUUUAAUAAAUGAGGAGCUAUCAAGAUUGCAAAAUGUCACUGAUACUCAGGAGCCUGUCAACUCCGGUAGAGUUAUAACAGAAAAGAGAAGCGUAAAAAGAAACAAUCGUGCAGCGCUGUUAACAUUUACCGAAUAUUUGCAAGGGGAACAUACUGAAUCCCAUUGUUUGUCAACACGUCUCGCGUCAGAAAAUUCUAACCUUGGCGUAUCCGACAAAGCCAAUACGACCAAGUGUGCUCGCAAUAGGAGACAAAGCAUCGAUGAGGAUGAGAACGAAUUACGAGCACUCUUAUUGGCGUCUUUGAAACGAACUAAAUCAAGCCCAGACACCAAUUGUUCUUCAGUUGCUCCAGUUAUUCCUGUCACAAACUCUGCCGCAACGAAUGUCCAAACGCCUACAUUAAAAACAAUGGCAGAUGCUGUAAUAGCUGUGAACGCUAACGCAACAACGAGCAAUAACUCGCUGUCGUUGCUGCCGUCGAAGCCGUUAACAGUUUCGUCGGAAACUGCAACGAAAAAAAUUAAUGAUCUGUCUCUCCCGAUGCAAAGCGGCAGGAAAAAAAGCAAUAGCGUGGAUGCAGCAAAGAGUCUGCCGAAGAAAGUGCCGAAGAAAGCGCUCACAAGCACAAAAGUGGUGAAUAAUACCAAGAAGAAAUAUCAGAAUAUGAUUGUGCAGAGAAGAAUGAAUCUACGAAAACUUGAUAAUAAUGCGAAGCCUAACGUUGGCGCGUCAAAAAUAUCGGACGUGUCCGACACUCAGCGUUUUGUGAUAAGUUUAGGUUCCGACAGUACGGACAGCGAGUCCGAGAGCGAAAGAAAUGAACCUGUACCGAUCGCAGAGAAGCAGGCGCCUCAAGAGAUUCCCGCUGACUUCGAGAAGAACUUGAAUAAGUUUCUUCGCGAAGUGAGAACAGAACAAGAACAAACUGCUGCUGCGGCGAAAUCAUCCAGUUCGUCCACGCAAGCGACAAAACGAGAUGUGCCACAAACGAAUAACAGUUCAUCUAAUAUGCACACGCCACUGGCUGUGAGGCAUCUUCCCGUGUCGCAACAAGAGGAAUAUCGUCGUUUGAAGCAGGAGAUCUUGGAGCGUGAAAAGUUGAAACUCCAGAAAAAGGUAGCAAAUAAUAAUAAUAGUAGUAGUAGCAGUAAUAAAUUAUUAAACGCUAACGUAGCGAGUUCACCAGUAAAGUCUUUGCCAUUGUGCGAAAAGAAAGCACAUGUUACACAAAAUCAGGAUAAAAUAAAAACCAUAGAGAAAAAUUCCCAGGUAUCGUCAAUGGAAAUCGAAAGAAAAAGCGACGAUAUGGCGAAAGAUACGUCGGAAUCAAAUGUAUAUCGUAUGUCUGCUGAUAAAAAACUUUCAGCGAAUAUCACUAAACAUACUAAUUUUACGCAUCUGCAAGCUAAAAGCGGUAAGAAAGCGAUACCGAACGAUCUCAGCAUCCGAAUUAUUAACGUUACCUCUCCGAAUCACCCUGGAGGUAGAAUGGUCGAGAAUUCGCGUGAGACGCAAUCUACGAAAGAGCAGCACAAGUCUAUCUUGAAAGCGUUAAGUAAAGAAGAAAUAAAUCAUAAAUACGUGCAAGUAGUAUUGAAACCGGAUACGAUCGAGCGAGUCGUUACUAUAAAUGAUAAAUCAUUCUCGCAACACGACACAACGGCAAUCGUCAGCCAAAGUGAAAAUCCAGUUGAGCCUGAUGUCAGUACAAAAAUUCCAGAAACAAAUAAUGUAAAUCUAAAUGAUAGUAAUUUUUCUAAAGCGUCUACCAUAAUACUUUCAAAUUCUGCGAAUUUAAACCAGCACGAGGAUACGAUGGAAACUACAAUAACACUCUCUGAAUAUGAAGCGGAAUGUCAGCAAGAGAUUAAUCGUAAUAUUUCAGCAACAUCUACAGAAAAUAAUGAUAGCAGCAAUAUUUCUCGUAAAUUUGAUUCAACAUCUGACGGUAAUAGAAAUGAUGUUUUGGAUGCGUUUAAAAAAGAUGUUAAAGCGGAAUUGGAUUCCUUGGCGAGUCUUCCAGAAGUGGAGCAAGAGCGAUACUUGAGAGAAACCGAGCACAAAUUAGUUGCGAGACGGUACAUGGUUUUAGAUCAUUUAGCAGAAAUGUCAGGAAACCUUCGUCAAUGGGAUAUGGAAAAGGACGUGCAGUCUACCUUGGCCAACGAAGUGAGAAAACUUAAGGAACAACUGAAAAUAGCCGAGGAUAGAUUACAACAGCAGCGCGAUCGCGUUAGCAGCAUGGGCCCAAAGGUUUCAGCUGCACGUCAAAAGAUCAACACUGGACGACACGAAUGCGAUAAGCUAUCCGGAAUUUGUUCGACCCUAGGUAACCGGCUCAUGGGGAAAAAUUACAAGUUGCCAGAGGCGGUAGCUCAACUUUUGAGUGAUAAACUCAAAGAGGUUGCUAAUCAUACCCGUCAGAUUACCAAGAAGAAACGACUCCAAGCUAAUGAUAUUUCUGAAAAUUCCUAUUCCAGUUCGUCACAAGAAAUGAGCUCAGAAUUAUCUAAGGACGCGGUCACUGAGAACACUUUUUUGUUGCAACAAUCGAAUGACGCUGUGAUUAAGAAGGCGGGAUCGAAAAAUGAUACUUCUCGUUUCGCGCAAUCUAAUAAAAGUAAGAACUCGUGCACGGAAACCUUGAAUUUUUCGCAAGCAGUUUCAUAUCCAUCGACAUCAGAAAAAAGAGAAAAAACUUUAUCAAAUACAUUAGAACAUCGUAACGAAGAACAAGUCUUACCUCUUAAUCAAAAUAAUGCGUUAUCUUCUGAACCAAAGCAAUACCAAAGUAGUUCUAUAAAACAAAAUAAUAAGCGUAGAGAAGGAAGUGGAACUAAUGAGUCUGAUCCUACUAUGUCUUCAAAAUCAAAAUUAUCAGCGACGGAUACUUUAAAUCAAGAACACAAUAAACAAAGUAACAAGAGAGCUUCACCGCAACUGCCAUCGCCAUCGCCAACGUCAUCAUCAUCGCCAACGUCAUCGUCAUCACUGACAACAGAUGCAACAAUGCCGAUGAUGAUAGAUGCAACAACGACAAAUACAAUGACUACGACUAUGACUACGACUACGACUACGACUACGGCGACGGCGACGGCGACGGCGACGGCGACGACGACGACGACGACGACGACGAAGACAACGAAGACAACGGUUACACCUUAUGUAUCAAUUUUAAUGCACUUAAAGAAAUCAAGGAACAUCAAUCCUCAUGGAAUCCUAUGUCCGUACGAAAUGAUGGGCAUUUGCAGGGAUGAGGAUUGCCAAUACGUUCACCAGUCGAGGAAUCAAACCUGAAAUAACACAUUACAUACUACCGCACAUACUCAACAUGACAUACGUAAGGUGGUUCUAAUUUCCCGUCAAAUGUGUCAAUGUGGAUUGUACACUUUAUAUUGAUCGCAUCCAUUCAUUAUAAACUCUCGCGCAUUUAGUUUCUUGAUUAUUUUGACAUUUGAAUUCUAGUCAUUUACGAUAUAUACAUUAGUACAUUACAUACAAGAUAGAGCCAAGUAUAGAUCAUAAAUGUACAGAAAAUAGCUUUAAUCGUCUCCUUCAAGCAAAUGUCUUUGAUUUCACAUUUGCAGGUAUCAUCUAGGAAGUAAAUAUAUUGAUGUAGGCGGGAUUACAUUGUUAUGCAGAAUCAACACUCGAAGAUCGGUAAGUUGUCUUCAUCCACGGCAGGCUCUAGUGCACAAUACCGAAAAUAACGUUUUAUUUCGUAAAAUCUUAUAUUUUUCGUAAGAUCUCUACUUAAAAAAAAAAAGUCGGGCCACUACGGGAUUUCGAGCGGUAUUCGUAUUUAUCGAAGGUUCAAAGAAAAUUUCUAACAGUGUAUAUUUUUUACGAUUGUAAGUAAAAAAAAGUGUCAUAAACUGCAAGAACAAUCAGUGUGGUAUACAGAUAGAAAAGAAGAAUCUAUCGACCAUACUAAGAAGAGUUAAAAAUGAAGAGAAGUCCAGCAAUUACGAAUCAUCAAUGGACGAUCAGUUAUUUUUUUCUUCGUACUUCAAUAUAUAAGUUACCUCAUAUUAAUGAAUCUUGUACCUGUAUAAUAAAAGUUGUAUAUUUUUUUCUUA